AUGUUGUCCGCUCCUGUCAAAUCGGCCAAACGCAUCUCCUCACUCUUCUCCUUGAGCUCAAAUAAAGAUGCCACCACAAGUCCUUCAUCUCCGCGCUCGCCUAGUCUCCCAAGACCGUCUCCCGACCAGAUACCCCAGGACCGGCGACGCCGAAGUAGUUCAAGGCCAGCUCGCCUAUCCUCUGCGCCCGUUGUUCCAAACUUCUCACAUCCAGUAUCACCUGGCCCAAUGGACGGCUUCGAUUUAGACGCUCCGCUGCCGCCUCCUCCCUCCCUUCUAGCGGUUAACCAGGAUCUGGCCGACAAUGCAUCUAACUCGCCCGAUGGUAGACCUCAAAGCAGAGGCCGGAGAUUGAGUAGCAGUAAUAGGCCGUCCAGCUCCGGUGGUUUGGCUAUCCCCGGAGGCCCCGAUUCACGGCCCGGAACGCCCUCAUCGAAGAGACGCAGUUGGAUGCCAGGACGGGCGCGCGCUAGCUCAGUAGAUGUGAGGCCUCCCCAGCCGCAACUGCCGAGUGCUUGGAUUGCUGGAUUAGAACAUAAGAUCUUGUAUGAUCUGGGCCCCCUGGGCCGCGGAGAACAGAUUUCGGAAUUAUGGAACGAGACGGGCGAUACAUACGUAUAUUUGUUCCCGCAAAACACCGGCCGACCAGCAUCCUUUAAGAUCCAUUCCACUGCGUUCGCCGAUUCAUCGUCGCUAAACUUUCUCGCACGUGGCUCCGAUCCUCGAUCUCCCGGUAGCCUUGAGCGUCAGACCCGAAGUCUAUCACUAAACCCUCUCAACGGUCCUACUUCACCUCUUACCUCUCACAACUGGAACGACAAUGACAAUGACAGCGCCGGUAGCAGGCGCAUGUCGUUCGAGGACGACAUCCAGGACGAGGCCCAAGAGCUUCAUCUUUACCUACCGAUUCCACUCAACAGCGACGUUUCCAGUGACAGCACAGCCAUCUCUCAAGAAGACCUGGAAACACUCCUUCUCUUCCGUAACCUCUUUGCCUUCCUCCUAGGCCAGUCCUUGAUCGCGACUCCUCGAUCAUCGUCACUGUUUACGAUCUUCAUGGAUAUCGCUACAUUACUAGCCCGCUUCGAAUUCACCAACCUUGACGGAUCCAACUUUGGUGAAAUUGCUACUUCUAGCUUUAGCAACUAUUGUGAUGAGCUUUGCCUGGCGGAUGUUCGCAAGAGCCGUGAAAAGACCAUCGAAGCUGUUAUCUUGGGAGAGCGCCUCCGAUUUUAUCCUCUAUAUCUGGAAGGGUUUGUGCAUGGUGUAGGGAAGCUGGAUGAACUGAAGCAGCUGAGAAGUCCUAAAUUUGGGCUGAUCAGCGCAGUCACCCAGAAGCGCCUCGAGCGUGGAUUCAUUGACUUGGAUGGUCGUCUGAAGGUCUUGCAGACCAAGCUUAACGACUUUGACUUUCCUUCCGUUUUCUCUGGUAUCGCAAAUUCGCAGUCAACGGUUGAGAGUAAGGUUGUGCGUUUCAAGGCAUGGAAGGCAUCGUUUAUGGAGUUCCGUCGGUUCCUGCUUAACUACUACCGCCAGAGAUAUGGCUCGUGGCCUCCCAAGCCUUCUAGGAAGAAUCAAUUCGAAGAGAGUGGCCUGAACCGCCAAGUUGCUAAGGAGAUGUACGAGGACAUGUGCAACGUGUACGAUAUGCUGGUUGAUCGGACGUCGCUUACCACCCGAACACUGGACAUGGCACCGGAAGUUGACGAGUCGGCCGAUACGAUGGACCUCACGAAUCGUGCUAUGAGAAUCGUGCUAAGUGAGUAUGAUCGAAGUACGCCACCAGUGCAGCCGCCCAUUCCUUUCGAUAUUCCUCAAUACCCGUCACUGCAGCCUCUCUUGCGAAAACCGAUAGACGCCAAGAAGGAAGCAAAGCAGAAUACCAAGAAGCUGAAGGACUCGGACGUCAAUGCCGUACUCAUGGGAUCCUAUACGCGCGAGAGCUUGAAACCCACCCCAUUUGUUGAGGCGUUUAUGCAGUUUGAGCGUCGCUCUGGCCACGGAAAGUCCGUCAACGACUUAAUCGAUCUCCGGUGUGGUCAGUGGAUCCUCAUUUACUGCGUUAUCCAAGCGCUACCGUUGGUCGUGGUUGAUGUGCAAGGUAUCCACUUUACCGACGACACGGAGUAUUAUCUUUGCAUUGCUCCCCGAGGGGGAGCGCCUUGGGUGCAAAAUGACGGCAAGGUUGCCCGUAGCUGGUUUGGCGUUGCUGGUGGCAAUGGUCUCGUCAGCUUACCCUCGGAUGUGGUCAUCAAUGGUGUGGAAGGAGUGUACCGACGCAGUCAUUGCUGGCAAGCGGCGGAGCAAUGGGCCGAGAAGGAUGCUAUUUUGGGGCCACCAACGGUUGACGAUCCAUAUGACAACGAGUCCUCGAUUUCAUCCCCGUAUCCAGCCCACCAGUCGUCUACAGGAUCAUCCUCAGAACACCCGCCGCACCUGCAACAUCCGAUUCCGGGCCAUCAAACUCCUCCAACGCCAUUGCUCUCACCCGGUGGUGGUAACCUUGCACCGCCACCCCCUGCAAUCCCUCGAAUGAAUUCUCCAGCUCUACGAGCUCGAGCGGAACAUCGGCACUCGAUCAACCCUGGGCUGGAAGCAUUGCCAUUGCCAGCCGGUGUUGCCCCCGUUGACCCUCCAGCGAGGCCUAUCAGCACGUUCAAUCCCAACAUGAGCUUCGACGAUAUCCUCAAACAGGUUCCCACCCAAAGAAAGGGCAAGAGAUGA